AUGAACGCGUACGGAGUAACAUGUUCAAUGAAAUCAUCGUCAAUGGCAGCAGCGCACAGGGUUGUUGAUCUGAAAGAGGAGAAACAGCUGGGCAAAGCUACGGCGCCAAGAUCGCCGAGGCAGGCGUUGUUUGUUCGCCGAAUGCCGAGCACCACGUCGAGCGGUAGCCUCUUCCUGACCACUCGCCGCAACGGAUGGCAUGCGGAAGCGAAUGCUGAAAGCGACGCGAGUCGCCUGGUCGCUGGCGAUACCGCUCCGGUAGCCAGCCGCAGCUUCUUCCUCGUCAAGGGCGGC